CUGAUAGAUGUUACCAUCUUCCAUGGUUUGCAGGUUGGAUGCAGAAGGAUCUACUCCUUCAAAAUCCUCCACCGACUCCAAGAAAAACAGAUUGCAAGCAUCACUUGUAUUACAAGAAUUCGAUCUUUAGAGGCCCAGUGGAGACAUGCCCGACCUGCCCUGUGCGAAAGAGGAAGUUGAUAUUUGGGGUGGAUAUGAAAGAGGAUCACAAAAACGAAGAAGUAGUUAUGGAAAGAAUUAAAGAGCAACCUAUUUACAGUACUCUAAAGAUUUGCCUAGAAUUUGAAUUAUUUGGAGAGGGAUUCACGGUAUUACUUGCUUUAUAAUUUUGGCAAUGCUAACAAUUUGUCGGUUAUUAUCUUGUAAUUGGAUUUCAUUCUCAUGUGAUAGGGCUCAAUUUAUGAAGGUUUAACUGAAGAACCGAAUUCGGAAGAAAAAACAUUAUAUCACGGGGUCUUACUAAUAGGAUUUGGAAGCGAAGAUGGUAAAAACUUUUGGAUCAUCAAAAACAGUUGGGGCAAACAAUUGUCCGAUGGUAGCUACCCAAAAAUUGUUGGUUUUUUUUUUUUUUUUUUUUUUGUGCUCUUUCUAGUUUUGGUGCUUAUGCAUAC